GGAAUCGAACAACUGAAGCGCGUGAUAUCUUUUAGUAUCAACGUGGACUUAUCAUUACUGUCCUUUAUACACUGAUCACAUUGAUAUCGGUAAUUUAGUGUUUGAACUUGCAGUUGUUAUUAUAAAUUUUCCGUCAUUUUUGUCGCAGCUGCCUUUCGGUUGUUAAGAGGGCAUGUGAUACAGUUAAUAGUAUCAACUUUGUAUUCCAGUUUAGUUUUGCAUGUCUGAUCUUUUCUCAAAGCUCGUCAAAGAAUCGUCAAAAAUUACGCGUAGUGGCGUCGUUACCAUUUACGAGUCGUUUUCCUCAAAGUGAAUGAUCAGGUCUGAUCUCUUAGUGUAAUUUAUUGCAUUUCCCAAAAAUUUUUUAUAGCGGCUUCCUAAAAAAAGCAUAAAAUUUUUCCAAAAAUAGGGCAAUUGCGUAGCUAUAACUUCUCAAUACAAUCGAAUAUUUUGAUGAACAGUUCGUAUUGUACAACCCAAUCUAACCCAGUGGUAGUAUGACUUGGGAAACACUAAACUCGUGGCGCACUUAUCAUUUAUGGAUCAAACAAUGGAGAUAAGGAUCGCGAGUCUUGAAUUUUAACACGAUAUUCAUUCGCCUAUACGGUUAAAUAAUAUUUUGGCAUUAUAGCUGGUGCAAGUUCGUGGUGUGAACCCUUUAUUUCCUAGUCUUAGAUUCUAAAUCUUAGUUCCUCAGACUAAUUUAUAACUCUCUUUUGACCCUCGCAAGUAGGUGGGUUGUCCUAGGGUUUCUUUAACGUCGCCUAAAAGCCAUUUACUUAAUUAUGGUUUCACUAUUCAUAAAUCAAUUUGUUUACCGAGGCGUUAUGUAUUUCGUAUGGUGAUACCACAAGCUGAAAUAAGCGAAACUGUGUUCUCACCUAAAACCUGUAAGUUGAAAGCCGACGAUUUCAACUUUUGUACUCAAAACCUACCAUCUACUUGGUAAGGGUACCCUGAUGUUUGUCGAAUGUGAUUUUCGUUUCAUGCACCUCUUAUUACAUGUUUCAAAUGGCAAAUUUAAGGGUUAUGUUGGUUACGUUUGAUUGUUUGUGGUUUCCCUAUAUGGAUAUCAACUUCCUUGUAAAUUUAAGGGGUCAACAUCGAAAAUCAGUUUUAAAAGGUUUUACUAAAUCGUAGCAACCAUCUCAAUCUGGUUACUAUUGUCACCUGGUGUUUAAUGAUACACAGAUAAAGCAAGUUAGUAUACAACAUUCAGUUUUCUUUUACUUUGUAUUAUCUGGAAAUUCGCAUCACUUUUCAUCCUGGAACUUUCAAUGUCUCUGAAAGUAUUGCUGAAAACAGUAUUUUACCUACUGUUCCUACUUGCUGAUUAACCAGCACAUUACUGUAACUGUAACUACUAGCUUAUUGAUUUCAACGUCACCACGAUAUUCUGGGUUUAUUUCUUUGGUUGAAAUUCGUUCGUAUCCAUAAGAACUCAGAUUCCUUGUGGGAUUUCGUUAGUUUCUAGUGAUUUUAUGACUUUUCAACUAGCUCGAGUCUGGCUACACAUCCCAUUGCCUUUGGUAAAAUCUUGAACAUAGUUGACCGUAAUGAAUGCCUUAUAGUGAAGUACAACUAACAGUUUAUCUAAGUUUGGUGUAUUACUUAUACAAGUACAGCUAUAACUCAGGAGUAUUAAGAAUUUAUAUCUCUAUCGUUCAGUCUUGGUUUUCGAUCUUAUUUAUUUAAGCACAAACAUUCGUACGAGGCACCAUAUAUAUAUAUAUAUGCGCCACACAAGUCAUUUGGUUUGUGUAACCGCUGGAAUGCUGCCCGCAUGCCCGAACCGAGGUAGAUGAUUUUCUUAGCGAGCCGCCCUCUGAGCUUUUGAAGUCUAAUCUGCAGGGCAGUGAGAUGAUGUUAAGAGAUGCAGUCCCAUGGUAGCUGGUGAUAAACAAUAGGUUCAUGCCUCAAUUGAAGUCACGCUUGGAAAAUUUUGAAAACAAGGCUGACCCAAAUGUUCAGUCCGUCAUUUUUUGAAAUCAUAAGUCAAUUGAAGCUAGACCACCCCCAAAUACCCUGGUAUGGCCGAGAGUGGGGUGGGCCCGCCCUCCCUCUCGAAAUGUUCUCACACGGCCACUCGUAUAUAGCCUCUGCCACGGAAGUCCUACUCACUGCCUUCUUGUGACGGGGAUAUUGUUUACGAAAAUGAGAGGACGAAAAGCGAAUGUCUGGUGCUUUAACUGGAUCUCAAAUCAAUGUUGCACAUGGGCUCCAGUAUACUGAGUGAACGAAUGGCGUAUGAAUCAAUCGUUGGUCACCGGCUACUAUGGGAAUGCAUCUCCUCACGAUGCUCCACUGCCUUGUAGAUCAGACCUUUAGGUCAAAGGCUCGGGGUGUGGCCCCCUAAGAAAACUACCUGCCUCGGUCUGGUACCCGGGCAGUAUCUCAGCCCACACACAAUUAUAGUGUGGCGCAUAUAUAUUUGGUGCCCUCUUGUACCAAUAUUUAUGUGUUGAAAUAAAUAAAUAAAUCAGUCCGUCAUUCAGCUACAGCGUAAGACCAGGCACAUUUAUGCAUCAGUCCAAGUUGCCAUACCUCAUUGUCACAAGAUUAACACUGAAUUAACUACUUCUAUGAAUUUAAUGGUGGUGAUACAUAAAAGAAAGAUUGCAUAUAAGGAUAUAGUACAAAAAGAAAGUAUUAGUUCAUAGAAAGAAAGGUGUUACUUUGAAAGAUAUACGAACGACUGUGGAAACUUAAGCGACAUAUAUUAGGGAUUUUAAGCAGAGGGUUUUGAAAAACCAGUGAUUUUCCGCGAUAUCCACCACCCUAAUAGAAUCCCGUAAACUUAUCCCAUCAGACUCCGAACACGACGAAGAGUGUAAACAAAUCAGAUCUAGGUUAACCAAAAGUCUAUAGAAUGAUCGUAAGCAGUGAUGAGCAACAAAUCAAACGGGAUGGAGAAGGCAGCGUCUGUAGGCAACAUUAAACUGCUUUUGAGACUAAUAAAGGAAACCCGAAUUAAGAAGUCAAGUGUACGUGAGACAAUCUCGGAAGAAGGUGGCACACCUAUCAGCUCUCAGCGUAGACGUUUGGAACUUUGAACGAAACAGUAAGGAGCAGUUCAGCUGGCCUUCAGCUACUCUACAGCUACCCACCACUCCCAAAUAGCCUAAAUGGAAUAUGAAAGUAGGUCCCCCGACUCUAAAGUUCAAAUAACUGUAGCUAAUGCGAAACAACAAAGAGCAGCUGGUUCAGAUGGAUUAACUCCAGAGGUCUUUAGGAAUGGUGGUCCAGUUUUAGCGGUUAGGUUGACUAAUAUUUUGUUUAAAAUUUGGAAACCGAACGUAAUUCUGUUUGGUCGCAAUCACUGAUCGUCCCAAUAUAUAAAAAGGAUUAAAAUCUUAAUAUGGUAACCAGAGAAAGAUUAGUUUGACUAAUAUAGCAUCUAGAUUACUAGCCUCAAUUGUUGUUGGACGCAUAACAAAAAAUCACGAACUGCAAACACGAGAAAAUCAGGCUAGUUUCUGACCUGGUCGUGGCUGCAUCAACCACAUAUUCACCUUGCGUUAUAUUUUAGAACACAGGCAUGUUUAUCGGCGUCCGAAAAUAAGUUUUUUUUGACUUAAAGGUAUCAUUUGACUCUGUAGACCGAGAGGUUCCGUGGCAGUGUUCGUCAUUGAAAGGUGUACCUCAGAAGUACAUUAACCUUGUGAGUGCUCUUUACUCGAAUAUUAUUAGUCGAAUCAGAGCUUAUGGCGAACUGUCAUCUGAUUUCGCAACCUCAAGUGGUGUUCGACAAGGCUGUCCACUAUCUCCAUUUUUGUUUAACUUCAUCAUAGACCUACUGAUGGAAAUAACUCUCUUCAACAGAAUUUUGGGGCAUUGAUCUCCUUCCAGGAGGUCCGCUUAUCGACUUAGAAUACGCAGAUGACAUAGUCCUGUCUGGUGAAGACUCUGGGUCAAUCUUUCUCGGAUUUUGAACAACCUACGAAGUAUGACAGAAGCCAAUAGUUUGGACGCAAGCGGGUGUUGACUUAUCCCUCGAUAGUUGUUACAGAAACGACGUGAACCCUUUUUAAAUAUAGGGAAAACUAUCGACUCAUUCCAUAAUGUUGGAACAUUCUUUAGCUCCCAAAGUUUUGCAAACAACGUUGUCAGUUCCUUAAUCUGAAAUUCACCACCAUCUUUAAAAAGAGCCGGAGGUAGACCAUCUGGGUUCAGGGGUUUGUAGCGUCCCUUGCGGACUUCCGCCGCAUUUGGUGGAUCAGUCGUCACCGGCCAUGGAGAGCAGGACAGUCUGACCGGUGCUGCCGGGGCAGCAAACCAGCUGAAUUGCCCUUCGAAGAAUUCUGUCCAUCGUCCAAGACGUCGGUGGAUGCUAGUGAUUGGCAUCCCGUCAUCCUCACAGAUUGUUUCGCUCACACCAGACUUCUUGCUGCUAGUGGCCCGGAUGAGUUGAAAGAGCUUCCGGCAUUUACCAGAUGCAGCUGUUGCUUCCAGCUCAUUAGCACGCUCCAACCAUCAGGCUUCACGGUCCUUACGCAAGCUCUGUUCAAUUUCAUUACGUAACAUCCUUCGUUUGUGGUCAAACUCACGGUCACCCGUAGUAGACCGACGGGCUUCAAUGAGUUGUAAGUAGCCUGAAGAAACGCAGUGCUUAUAAGCAGGACGUUUCGCGAAGCCACAAGCGAAUUUACUCGCCAUUUUCUUGGUGUCAUGCAAUUGCAACCUAUGCUCAUCUAUACUUUUCGGUGGAAGGGUAACUAGCCUAGAAGCUAGCUCGGUUUGGUACUUAGUUGCAACAGAAGCUGCAAUCAAUUUACUGACAUCAAUCCGUUUAGGACAAUGAAUCCGUUGGUCACUGAAAAGUAAGGUAAGAUUGGCGCAAACAAGGGCAUAAUCAAAGUCCAGAUAGGUACUCCAAAAGGAGCGGCAGUCUUGUACACAACCACGCCAGCGGUAGCUGAUCGCGAUGUGAUUAAUUUGAGUCCAGGCUUGAAAUGCAGAAUGAGGACGCUAGGUGGUUAAUGUUAGCCAGGAACUUGGUUGUGGCCUGUGCACAGUUGCAGUAGACGGUCCCAGCUGUCUGUCCUGCGACUAACAAGUCCCCAUCGGCUACCUAAACGACUCUUUUUUGCGCCCAGACGCCAGUCCUGAGCAUUCAGGACUCUGGCUAGUACUGCAAUUUCUGUCGAACGCACUUUCCGAAGAAGAACAGUUAACUGGCGGUAGAAUUCAUCCUCGAUUACAUCUGGGCUGCAAUGUGUCGGAGCAUAGGCGGAGAUGACGAGAAGAUAUCGUUUCUCACACCGAUCUCUUCUCACUUUGAUGGAACUUUCUAAUCUAACAGCGCAUAACCGACUGUUAAUGGGGAUCCAAUCGAUUAGUGCUGCCUCAGCUCUAGCGCUUAGUGCGACACCAACGCCAGCAAAACCAGAUGAAGUUAGUUUUGAGGUAGUCAAACCCGUCGACCACUUAUCUUAGAAAUCUGAUCAACCCUAAUGGGUUGGUGUCUAGCAAAGUCUCUGCACGGAUUCAAAAAGCUCGUUUGGCUUUUGACAACUUAAGUCAUCUAUGGCGAAGACAAGAAAACCGUCAUAUCAGUUAAGGGGCGAGUAUACUGCGCGGUUGUUCGUUCUAUUCUGCUUUACGGCUGCGAAACGUGGCCACUAUGAGUAGAAGAUACUCGUAAGCUACUAGUAUGUGAUCACAGAUGCCUUAGUAACACUGUUCGCAUCUGCUGGAAUCACCGGGUAAGUAAUAGUGAGGUUAAACUCAAGGUAUUAGGGAAUGAUGAUUAGUCAGUUGGUAAAGUUGUGAAUCUACAUCAACUGAGAUGGUUGGACCACGUUUAACUUAUGCCCAAUCACCGACUGCCACGGCACGCAACGCUUACAAAUGUUGAAGAUGGAUGGAAGUUAGGGGCGUCCAGAUCAAAACGUGGCAUCAGUCCACAACGUCACUAACUUGUGGUUUGAACCAUGUUGUUAGAUACAGAUUACUUGAUUGGGGUCUUCGUGACUAACGUAAACAGUGGUUAGAGACUGAGCGACAUGGUUCAAAAUCAAUCACAAUGUUGGUGUUUAUACUCUGUCUUCCCUUAAACCAUAAGACUAAAAUUACUUUAUACCCUUCCUUCUACGAACUAAUUAUUUCUCCCUGUAUUGUAUCCUUAUAUGCAACAUUUCUUUUAUUUAUUACUACCACUGAUGUAACUUCUAUAAAUUUUGUGAUCGAUUUGUUGUGCUGAUGAGGUGUGACAACUUGAACCGAUGUAUAUAUAUGCCUGGUUCUACGUUGUAACUGACUGACUGACUGGUACCAUUUGUCCUCUCAUGAUCCUGUUCUCCAUAUGCACCACUGGUUUGGGGUCAGGGUUCUCGAACUCUCCUAUGUGGGUCCUCCAUAUUCAGCAACCCCAGUUAAAGCGCUGGACAAUCGCUUUUUAUCCUUUCACUUUCGUAAACAACACUCCCUUCCACAAGGUAGUGACUAAAACUUUCUUGAUAGCGGCUGUAUACGCGUGGCCAUGUGAGAAUUUCAAGAGAGAGAGAGAGCGGAUUCUGCCCACCCUCGGCUGUACUAGGGCAUUCCGGGACAAAGUUUUUCGACCCCAUCCAAUCUACUUGGAAUUUCUUUGUUAUAUACUGUUGUCAACUUUUAUGAUGCCUGUGUAGUUAUUUGUUCAAUGUUCAGACUUAUACAUUACUAAUUUUAUUCUCUCUACCUUUUAAUAUCUGCUGAUGUCAAUCUCAACAAUCUUGUUCCCUUUAUUAUUUGACGAUAAUCAGAAACAUCAAGGAAAAACUAAAAAUAAUAAAAGACAGGUCUUGAUGCUGUUUGAGUAGCUUUUUGUGUGGCUUACCUCCCUCAUAUAGCAAAAUAAUCAGUGCUAACGACCACGUCUAUACAUCUACUGUUUUGUAGCGGGCUUAAUAGAGUUUAAAAGAAUUUGUUGUAGACACUUUUCGUCGGUACUUGUCGUCUUGUAGCUUCAUUGGUUAAUAUAUUUGGUGAACAAAUGAGUAGAAUGAAUUCUCAAGAUUCUGAAAACCCGGGAAUAAAUGCGCUCUGUUGUGACUGAUUUUAGGAAACACCCUACAACUUACAGUAGAACAUGUAUAAUUUGAUGGUUUCCUAUUUAUCUAGUUUUGUAGCCUUUCCAUACUGUUUUAUGAACUAAAGUCGAGCAGUUUGUCCCUGAAUACUUUGAACGUUUUAUUGGUUAUCGUAAUAAUAUCUGUAGAGUCAUAAGGUAUUUAAAAAGACCCUCAUAAAUACGUUGAACUUCGCCAUUUUAUAUGGUACUGUAAAUUUGUGAGUCUUAAGAAUAAUAUGGAUGUCCUAAUUAAUGUACACUUUUCUAUUCACAUCCCUUAAUAUUUUCAUUAUUCUUUAACAUCAUUGUACUUGUUAAGGUCGGAUAACGAGUCCUUUUGGUUUACAUUUUUUACAGCAUAUAAAAUUAUUGAGAAUGAAAAGUCUCAAGUAACUAAUCAUUUUGUACAAAUCAGCUACUCUGUAAAUUAAGUGUAAGUCAAUUAUUUUGGGUUGAAUACUAAGUCGUCGUAUCACUACCAGAGCUGUGUUGAGUUUUGAUGUGACUAUCUGUUUCUAAAUGAACGCUUACAAAAACGUCAUCAGAGGUAACUUGAAAUGUUAAUCAAUCUUCGUUGAUCAUCCUAAGGGGUUAUCAUUUUUCAUGACCAGCUUUUAUGCGAUCAACCUUGAAAGGUAAUUUGGAUGUAUACAUAACCACUAACUAGCGUAAACUGCUGAUUAGAUUUACUUUAAAUAUUCAGUAAUCGUAUCAUAGUGCGACAAACUAAGUAAGACUAAUACUUAGAUGAUGGAGAGUAGAAAAUUCAAACCCUUCGAUACAGUCAUAAACUUUAACGAAGACUUCAUUUCAGGUAGCUUUUAAUUCGAAUUGAAUUUAUCCAAUUUUAGAUUCCGAAGUACACAUUAAGACAAGUUCUUCAAAAUAUGGUUUUUGUAGCUAUCCAGGUACCAAAGAAGAAAAAGAAUCGCAGUCGCUAAAUAGUACUGCUGCUCUCGGAUCAUUCGUUCAGGGUCGGGACAGAAGCCGAAAACUUUUAAAUUCAAAUGUUAAUACAAACCUUCAGAGUCCUGAAAAAAAAAACUUAUUUCAAAACUCAUGUUUCCCCAGUGAACCGUUAAAAUUCAUAGGUUAUCGACCCAUAUUCGGUUCUGCGAAUUAUAUUGACUUAUGUUCCUUCGAUGAUCAUAAUCGUCUCAAACCUUUUGAAUUAUCAUUUCUAUGUGUUCCUCUCUUCAGUUCUUCGACCCACUCCUAUUAUUCAGAUGAACGUAUUUGUAACACUACCAAACAAACUAUGCUUGUAUCAAGCUCUUUUACCAACAAGCCCAAGAAGGGACGUGUAAGAUCACUUUCUGAAUUAUCGCUUCAACACGUCUAUCAUAAGGGAAAAAGUGAAACUGAAGCAGGCGUUCAUUCAUCUUGUAAUCAUUAUGAAAAGGAACUGAAUUACCUUCGGCAGGAACUUAUGGCGCGCAAUGAAGAGGCAGAAAAGAUUGCGCAUGAACUUAUGCAUGCAAAGAAUGAAGAAAAACAAUUUGGUGGUCAUUUACGCGAACUAACAAAAGAGGGUUCUGCUAAGACAGAUACUAUUAAUAAGUUAAAAGAAAAAGUUUCUGAGCUAUAUGUUGAAGUGGAAUCCCUUCGACAUUCUCAUCAACAAGCCAUCUGUCACCAAGAAGAUUUACAGAAGGAGAUCGACAUUUUGAAGUGUUCACGUGAUUGGUACGCUAAUCAGCUUCGUUCGGUUCAGUGUGUCAGUGAUCGUGUUCAAAAUGAACCUGAAAGAAUUGUCAACUUACUAAAGGAUAGCAGUGAAAUGAAUCAUCGUCUGGCACAUGAAAAUGCUUGUUUGCGAGCUCAGUUAGUAUGUAGCAAGGCCGCCUUAGCUGAUGCUAAACGAAAUCUCUCUCGCCAGUUAGAGUCUAUCCGUGUUGACAUGGUAGAACGUGAAGCCCUUUUUGAGCGUAUUACUGCUGAACGAGCUUUGUUUGAGAAUAUCAGUCGUCAGCGCGCUGAUGAGAUAAGGGAGUUACAGACUCAGGUGUCUAAUUUUCAAAUGGAACUUAAGGCUACUGAAGAGCAUAUUCUGCUUCAGAAGAACAAGCUGUUGGAUGCUGAAGGAGCCCUGGCAGUCGCAGAAAGAAAGCGCAGUGAAUUACAAAACCAGUUAGAAUCCUUUGAGAGAGAACAUUUUACGAAGGAAAACUAUCUAGAUGAUCAAUUCUCCAAAUAUGGUAUCAUCUUAGAAAGUCUGAAGGUCUAUGAAAACGGAGAUAAAAGUAAGGGCAUCUUAAUUGAUGAGAUUCUAGAAGAAAAAGCCACACUCACUGCAGCUCUCUCAGCAUCACAAUAUGAAAAAGAAACAUUGAAUAAAUACUUGGUAAAUUUGAAGGAUAACUUGUUCAGAGUAGAAAAAAGUUUUGUCAUCCUUAGACGUGAAAUUGAAUCCAAGUCUGCACAAAUUAUGGAGCUCACCACUCAACGAGAUAGUAUGGCUGACAAAAUCAAAUUUCUUUCCGACCAGUUAAGUGAUUACUGGAAUGUGAUUGAAAAGUUAAGGCAAGAAAAAGAGAAAUUAAACUCUUCCUUAAAAGUUUCGCUGACGGAAACCGAAAAUUCCCACAACAAUCUAAACAAAUUAAAUUUUUCACCCCAAAAGGCUGAUGGUAGCUUUGAAACUGUUGCUAAAGUAAAACAUGUAGGAACGAGUUCCCUUUUGCCGAGUCAGAUAAUUAACAAACAACUUACACUAGAGUCGCAGACCAUUCACUACUUCCCAGUUUCAAUGGCGACCUUUCAAAGUCAACCAAAUACUGCUUCUCUACCGUCUUCAGUAAAUAAUUUUAGUACCUCGGAUGCUGCACAUUCUUUACACAUUCAAGUGAAUGAAGAUAGUUGUUGGCAAAUUACGGAUUUAAACAAAAGAUUAUCCAGUGACGCUGUUUGUGAUGUAACUCCAAUUUCGCAAAAUACAAUCGGUGUACCUGAUUCUAAUCACGACACUCAAAAUAACGGCUUGAACUCACAGGAAAACUAUCCCACAACACCUUUAAGUUCUGAUAAAAAUAUAUUUUGGUCAACGGAUCCUUCGUCUUUGGUUUCUACCCGUGUUUCGUCUUCUUCAUACGAGCAAAACCAAAUGAGAUUAAAUCAAACAGUUCCUAAUUCAAAUAGUCAGUGUUAUUUUGAUAACUGGCCAUAUAUACAGCAGUUACCAGAUAACCAGAAUAUUGCUAAUGUGGAUUCUGGCUUUCACCUUUCAGACACCCAUAUAACAACCAAUCAAAUAUAUUCUUCAGAUAACCAACAACGUAAUAUGCCUUAUUUAAAUCUUUAUUUACAUGAUAGUCUGAACAAUACUGAUGAGUAUAAAUUCAGUGUACAACAAGAUAAUUCGUACACGUGUCUGUCUAAAGACGAAUGUUCCUUGGAUUUUAAUUGUGAUAUUACAACUAGUAGAAGUAGCAUUUUAAUUCCUAGAACCAGUUUACCUUUGGACCACAAAACCAAUAAUCUGAACUGUGAUAAAGUUUAUACAGAUCCGUUAGUUACACCAGAACAACACCAAAAUGUCUGCUUUUCAAAGAAAAAUGAUACUUGUGCUAUCUUAUCUACUGAGCAGGAUACCAACUAUAAAUGUGGUGUUACUGAGGUUCAAAAUAUUCAUACAAAUGGUUGGACAGGUAAGGAGUCAUCUAGUUUCUCUAGUAAUUUCCGUGUUAAAAUAAAUGAAACACCAGUUAAGUUGACGGAAUAUUUCUCAAAUGAUCAUCAAGGGAACCGGACAAAUGAAGGUUUUUAUACACAGAAUGUAGCCACUACCUUACUACCUGUCACUGAAACAUUAGAGUCAAUACUAUAUUGCUGUUCAUCACAUGAAAAUUCGAAUCUAACUGAAAUUACUGAAAGUAAAGCAGAAAAACUGAAAUUAUAUCAAGUUGGUGGAUCAAAUCAGUCAACAGUCAUUUCUAAAAAAGGUGAUCAUGAAUACGGCUCAUCUUCUGUCACUACUGAAACACCAAAUGAUUCAUUUGACUUAAGAAUAUGCAAUACCCGUCAGUCUAAUAUCAACACUUGUUCUUCAGAACACAUAUAUGAUACAUCUGAAGCUCUUCUUAUGUCUACUUUCGAUGAACUGAACUGUGUGAAAAGUGAGCGUGACAAUCUUUCCGAGCAUGUUUCGGUCUUGCAAAAGGAUUUAGCCAAUGCUGUUGCUAACUUAACAACUUAUCAGAAAGAGGCAGAAAUGCAGACGCUUAACGCUGAACGUGAAAAAGUUGCCCAUCAACAAGCACUAGAGGCUCAUCAACUUACUAUUGUGGAACUUAAUAAUACCAAAGCCGAACUUGUUAACGUACAAAAGUUAGUUAGUGAACUUCGUCAGGAAGUUGUUUCUUCAAAAGAAGAAGUCUCAUUAUUGCGAGCGCACGAAGAUGAAAAUCGUUCUCACUAUGAAACGGAAAUCAAUUCAAUGAAAUCAAUUGUUAAGAUAACAAGCGAUCACCUAUCAACACUGGCAGAAUCACUCCAGAAUGCGCUGAGUGAAAAAGCUAUACUACAGAGGGAAUUCAAUCAUUUGAAAAAUAUGAUUCAUGGUCAGUUACAGAAAUUUCGUUUAUUCACUCGUUUGGAGUUAUAUGACGAAUCUAAAAUAGUCAACCAAUUUUCCGUUGGUUCAUUAGCUGCUCUUGGAAUUUAUUUCGAAAAUCUGGUUGAUGGUAAUUCUCGGAUAAAUUUUCAUACAAAGUCACCUCGUAAAUUUAAUCCAUGCUUCGAAUCUCUUCGAACAGAAAUAACAAAACUUGAAAAUGAUCUACUUAGUCGUAAUAUGCUUGUCAGUGACUCAGCUCAAAAUAAAUAAUUUCAGUGAACAGUUUAGUGAAUUUCAUAUGGAUACAUAUAUGCAAUCUCUCCAUACGCAUACAAUAUAUGUGAUAUACGCUUAUAGUUUAUUUGGACUUCUCUGUGAUUGUAUUUCUUGCUUAUUUUUGUCAUCAUGAAGAUCACUUCAGUCUUUCACUUUUAGAUUCAUAAAUAAAAUUUUUAAUAUUAGCAGUAUUUCUUUAAAUGAUUAUGAACUCAAUAAAAAAUCUCUUGAACGUGAUAUAAUUUCAUUGUGCUAAUUAUUUUGUACUGUUCAGACCUAAGUUAACAAUGAAUUAUGUUUUCUUUAUUUCGUCUUAAAUACUUUGAUUUAUUCUUUGUGUGUGAUUAGGUGAGGGUAUUUUAAUGUUUUUAGAUGACUAUGUUUAUUUUAUUCCUUAUAAAUGUAUUUCUACUCUGGUUGGUAUUCUAUUUUUUGACUAUUGUGGUGAUAUGCAAAAUUUCCAUCUGUGUUUUAUCUUGCAACAAGCUUAAAGCUUUUUUGUAAAUUUAUAACUUAAACAGAUAGAUAAUGGGAAUGCUCACUGGUUUACUUAGGUACACGUCUUACUAACAUGCUGGUGACGAGAAUUAUAUAUAUAUAUGCGCAUGUAAUAAAUACAUAAUGUUUCUGCAUCCAGCUAUACAC